UCAAGGGGCGGGCAUUUUGAAGUGAGCGAGGAAAAAUGGCGGCCAUCGUGAUGAAGUUGAACGGGACUAUUUACACAACAGUAAUGAAUUUACCGUACAGUCUGGCAAACAAAAUUAGAUUAUCCACGUUAUUAGUAUUAAUACUCGCUUUUACGAGUAGUAGCUCAGGCGAAAAUACAUAUGAAGAUACUACUUACGAAUUUCUCAAGCGAGAGUAUUCGCUGAGUAAGCCAUACCAAGGACUGGGCUCCUCCAGCUCCUCACACUGGGAGUUCAUGGGAAACACCAUGAUCAUGCCUGAAAACAUACGGCUGACACCAGACUCGCAGAGCAGACAAGGAGCUGUAUGGAGUCGUAUUCCCUGUUACCUCAGGGACUGGGAGCUCCGAUUACAAUUUAAGAUCCAUGGUGAGGGCAAGAAGAACCUGAAUGGGGACGGCCUUGCAAUAUGGCUGACCAAAGAGCGAAUGCAAAUUGGUCAAGUGUUUGGAAACACAAACUUUUUUACAGGUCUGGGUGUUUUUAUAGACACUUAUCCCAAUGAUGACAAGCAGCAUGAGAGAACGUUUCCUUUUAUCUCCGCGAUGGUCGGGAACGGGAGUGUUGCAUAUGAUCAUGACCGUGACGGACGGUCUACUGAUCUUGGUGGCUGCGCUGCUCAUGUUCGUAAUGUUGAAUAUGACACAUUCCUCCUGAUCAGAUACAUGAAGAACAGACUCACAGUGAUGACAGAUAUCGAGGGGAAGCAAGAGUGGAAGGACUGCCUGGAUAUCCCUGGAGUGAGGCUGCCACAAGGUUACUACUUCGGCGCUUCAUCGGCCACUGGAGAUUUAUCAGAUAACCAUGACCUGAUCUCCUUCAAGCUGUAUGAGCUCACAGUGGAACGUAGUCCUGAAGAGGAAGAGGAACAGCAGGAGAUCACGUUGCCUAGUGUAGACUACCGAGUGGACCCUAAUGUUCUUGUGGAGGAUGAAGGAAGGAGCAUCAUCACCACCUUCUUUCUCUUCAUUGUUUCAGUCGUUGUGCUGGUUGUAGUGGUUGUGGUUAUUCUCUUUCUAUAUAAUCACUAUAAAGAGAACCGCCGCAAACGCUUCUACUGAGCAAAUUGGAGAGCAAGUGACAGGAAGGAAAUGGGACGAGAGAUCCAACAUGAGUGUGACUGGCAUUUUUGCAAUGGGCCGUUUCUGGUCCUCACCUCUGCCCCAUACAGGAAGGACCUGAAGGCCAACACUGAACUAAAAAGCCAUACCUGACCUCUCCAAGUGAAAAGCAACCACCUCAAUCAUGAUUAUGAUUUCAAAAAACUAUUCAAGAGUAUUUGAAUGGGUGUGCAUCUGUUUUUGAAGGUCUCUUCAGAUUUUUGUGUGCGUUUGCUGUAUUUUUGUACCAGUUACACUGGCCUUGGCCUUCACCUUUCAGCCAGAGGCAGUACAGAGAACUAUGUGUGACAGCAUGUACAGAGACACAAUAGUUUAACAAACUGUUGUAUUCUCAGGUUGUCUACUGUAAUCCCAAAAGCCCUGUAGGGCCAGGCAGAAAACCUUUAGUGAAUGUGCAUGACCUUUGAGCACUAAGUUUACAUAAGCCCUCAGCCCUCAGCCCUGAUUGCAUAAUAAACCCUCACCUUGACCUUCAUCUGUCACGAUCAUCUCAUCAGCUGUCAGCAGUCACAUUUUCACUUGCCAAAUUGAUUAAACUUGAUUUUCAUCCUUACAUAAGUAAUGCUGCCCAACUGUACUGUAACAGCCAUCAGACAGUAACAACCAUCAGUGUGAAUGUGAAGAAUGUUUUUCCCAAAUGUCUGUUUUGUAAUCCAUAUGAUGUCUUUUGUUAUAUGUGAUCCUGUUUUAUGUAUCAAAAGCUGCACUGAACUACUUGACCAGAUGUAGCUUAUCUGGAGUUACUUUGGUUUGUCACGAUUUAACCACUUUAUCUAACAGUUCCUGUUAAACCUUGAUAUUUCAUGUUUUCAUGGCCUUAUUUGCAUACUAUGUUUUAUAAUCUUAAUGAUGAUGACGUGUCUAUUCCCGUAUCUUAAAAUCUUCCGGAAAGAGGCAGAGAUGGAAAGCUGGUGCGGCAGUUUGACAGUUCCUGAUUUUUUCAAUAAUUGCACUAUUGCAAAGAUAUGCAAGGGGUUUUGCUUUUGUCCAUGUUCCAGUCUUUCCUAUCACUUCUAGUCGCUGCUCUCUAUAGUUGUGCAACAUUUGUCCAUUGUUUUAUAUUGGGAGAGAUUACAUUGCUGUUCUCAUCAGCUCAGUGAUUGAGCAAGCUGCUGUAACAAACUGAUAUUUUCAUGGUUGUCACCAACAUGUUGAAUGUCGAAAAGUCUAAAUUAAACAUUUAAAGUUUAUCUUAUAA